AUGAUCCUACUGCCGCGAGAAGCUGUGGACAGGAAUGCCUAUCACAGAGUUUCGAUAGGAGGCCGGUCUUUCCUGGGUGUUGGAGCUUAUGGACUGGAGCAGCUAGUGAGCCCGGGCGCGCAGAGAGAGUCCUUGAUCAAAGAGGGCGCCCGCUGUGGCGACUUUCUGCACUUCCACCAAAGUGGUGAGUGCUUCCACUCAACCUACAAUGUCGGCUACAUGCUCGGCGAAGGUGGCUUCGGCAAAGUCUUUGCAGCGACUCACAAAGCCACGGGAUGUCUGCGCGCCGUAAAGCGGCUGCGGAAGACCCUUGGCCGACAAGAGCUACUGAAGAAUGAGCUCAAUGCCUUACUCGGCCUAGAUCAUCCUCACAUUGUAAAAUUAUUGGAAUAUUAUGACGAAGACGACUAUCUUUAUUUGGUCUUCGAGCUUUGCGAGGGCUUGGACCUGUUAGAAACAAUCCGAAGCUCCCCAAGACGAAGGCUACAAGAGUUGGAAGCCUCGGUGGUGUUGCGGCAUAUGCUGAAGGCAUUGCAAUGCUGCCAUGCACAGUAUCGAGGUCAUUAUGACAUCAAGCCAGAGAAUUUCAUGUUCAAGCGCGAGACACAAGGUGACAUCGCGCAUGGCAACCUCAAGAUGGUGGACCUAGGGCUGAGCAGCGCUUUUGACACGCAUCGGAAGCACCGCGUUUCUGGCACUACGGCCUACAUGGCGCCAGAGUUCUGGAGUGGCGUUUAUGGUCCUGAAGGCGAUGUUUGGAGUUGUGGCGUCGUCCUCUUCGUAAUGCUGACAGGAACUCCGCUUCUCGACGACAUCUCCCCAGCCACAGUGAAGCGCGAAAUACGAGUCCGCCAGAUGCUUCGGGAACGUGUGUUGUCCGCCGUCACCGCGUACAACAUUUCUCCAGUCGCUGCGGAUCUACUAAUGCAAAUGCUUCAGCAUGACCGGCAUGCGAGGCCUACCAUCAAGGAGGCUUUGAAGCACCCAUUCAACACAGAUGGGUACGAAUUGGAGCGAAAGCUGCCGUCCGUGGAGCGAGACCAGGCGGCGGAAAUGCUUGCCAAGCUGCCUGACACAGUCCGCGAUGUCAUGCAGGAGCCGAUGCUGAAGCGAGUGGCUCGCUUGAUCAUGGUUCAUGUGAGCGAGGUUUCUGAAGCGGCCAGUUUGGCUUUCCGAAUGCUAGAUCUGCAUGGCUACGGAGAACUCUCCAUUUCGGCCUUGGAGGACAAUCAGAAAGUCUUUAGUGAUGGGAGGUUGCCUGACGACUUGGACGAAAUUUUCGAGGCGAUGGACUUGAACCGAGAUGGCUACAUCAGCUAUCGGGCCUUCUUGGCAGUGACACUUUCAGACGACAUCCGCUGCGACUCCAACAUUCUUGGCGUGACGUUUCGGAUCCUGGACACAGACAAGGAUGGCUUCAUUGGGCACACGGAUUUGGCCAAGGUCUUCGGGCAUGGACCCGACUCCGAGGUCUGCAGCCUCACCAUUAGUGAGGUCAGCCCAGAUAGCAAAGUCUCUUGGCAAAGCUUCAUGCAGCUUCUCGCGCCGGAGUUGAUUGUGGCCAACGCCUUGCUCCAGCAUUGCAUGCAGCUUGCAGAAGCCAAAGCCGACAAGCGGACAUGCUUCUGA